AUGCCAAGGAUAGACUCGAAACGGUUGCCUCUCAGGCUCAAAAGGUCAUGCACUGAUGUACUCAAUCAGCUCACUAAGCCACAGCAGGCACCCACUUCCUCCAUCCCCGGUAUCCAAGUUUGCAAAAGCCGUGCAGGAGCAGUUCUUCAUGCACAACAUCUCACAUUCCUUGACUUUCAAGUAUAUGCUAAAUUGAAAGCAAAUAUAAAAUAUUUGGUUGCAUUUGUACGGCUUCUGUGGGCUGCAUCAAGAAAGUACAACUUCGAUCUUCAUGUUUUAGAGUCUAAAGCCCAAGAUGCCAAGGAUAGACUCGAAAUGGUUGCCUCUCAGGCUCAAAAGAUGGCUGACACGGUUACAGAACAAUGGAUUCAAAUUCAGCGGCUUGAGCAGGCUCUUCAUAUUACACAAAAAAAAAAGAAGAAGAAAGAUUUGUCUCCUCCUCCUGUUGCAUAG